GAGAGAGAGUAGUGUAUCUGUAAUUGUGUAUAUUGGAUUUAGUAAUAAAAAUCAUAUGUGUGUGCGCGACUGCGUAUUGUUGCCUUGCUCCUUUGCCAACCUCCUCUCAUCAUUCAAACUUUCCUCCUCCCUAAGUCUCCUCUUCUCCAACAACUUUUGACGCACGACUCCACUGAGAAAACAACAUGGCUGCUCCCACCUCCAUCUCCUCCGCCUCCCUCACCACCUCAUUCCCCCCUCACUCUCACAACAAACUCUCUAAUCCCUCCUCCUCCUCUCUCCGCCUUUCCUUCUCCUAUUCCUCCCUUUCCCUCCAAACACUCUCCCUCUCCUCCAAUUUCAACAUCCCCAAUCCACGCUCCUCCACCAUUCUCAAUGUUCUCAAGACCCUCCACGACUCUCAAUUGCUGUCCCAGUCCCGAGAUCCGGAUCCGCUUCUCCAAUCUCAGAAGCCUACUAUUUUGGUCUCCGAGAAACUCGGAGAAGCUGGCCUCCAUUUGCUUCGUGGAUUCGGCAAUGUUGAGUGUUUGUACAAUUUGUCGCAGGAGGAUUUGUGCUCCAAGAUCGCCGAGUGCGACGCUCUGAUUGUGCGGAGUGGGACCAAGGUGACGCGCCAGGUGUUUGAAGCAGCCCAGGGCAGGCUCAAGGUCGUCGGACGCGCGGGUGUUGGGAUUGAUAAUGUGGAUCUGCAGGCGGCCACUGAGUUCGGGUGUUUGGUGGUCAAUGCGCCGACUGCAAAUACCAUUGCUGCCGCCGAGCAUGGCAUUGCUUUGCUCGCUGCUAUGGCCAGGAAUGUCGCGCAGGCUGAUGCUUCCAUGAAAGCUGGAAAAUGGCAACGUAACAAAUAUGUUGGUGUUUCUCUGGUUGGCAAGACAUUGGCUGUCAUGGGCUUUGGUAAAGUUGGUUCUGAGGUUGCAAGACGUGCAAAAGGCCUUGGAAUGCAUGUUAUUGCCCAUGAUCCAUAUGCUCCAGCUGAUAGAGCACGUGCUCUUGGUGUGGAGUUGGUAUCUUUUGAUCAAGCCAUUGCCACUGCAGACUUUGUUUCGCUACACAUGCCUCUUACUCCCACCACUAACAAGAUAUUUAAUGAUGCAACAUUCGCGAAGAUGAAGAAGGGAGUGCGUAUGAUAAAUGUUGCUCGGGGUGGCGUUAUAGAUGAAGAUGCUUUAGUGAGGGCCCUUGACAAUGGAACAGUUGCACAGGCAGCCCUUGAUGUGUUCACGGAGGAGCCACCAUCCAAAGAUAGCAAACUAGUACAACACGAGAAUGUCACAGUUACACCACAUCUUGGAGCUAGCACAAAGGAAGCACAGGAAGGGGUUGCAGUGGAAAUAGCAGAGGCCGUUGUUGGCGCACUGAGAGGGGAACUUUCGGCAACUGCAGUCAAUGCUCCGAUGGUUCCUCCUGAGGUAUUAUCUGAAUUGGCUCCUUAUGUUGCUCUAGCCGAGAAGCUUGGUAGGCUGGCUGUACAACUGGUUGCUGGAGGAAGUGGAAUCCAAUCUGUGAAGGUGGUUUACAGGUCAUCUCGGGAUCCAGACAACUUGGACACCAGACUUCUUCGAGCCAUGAUAACAAAGGGCAUUAUUGAGCCUAUAUCAGAUGCCCAUAUUAACCUCGUCAAUGCAGACUUCACCGCCAAGCAGAAAGGGCUCCGAAUUAGCGAGGAAAGAGUUGUUGUUGACUCUUCCUCCGAGAACCCUAUCGAGUCUAUUCAGGUCCAAAUAAGCAAUGUUGUGUCAAAAUUUGAAAGCGCGUUGUUGGACAACGGAAACAUUAGCAUCGAGGGGAAAGUGAAGUAUGGGACACCUCAUUUGACAUGUGUGGGAUCAUUUAGUGUGGACGUGAGCUUGGAGGGAAAUCUCAUACUAUGCCGUCAAGUAGACCAACCUGGAAUGAUUGGGCGAGUUGGAAAUAUUCUUGGAGAGAGCAAUGUGAAUGUGAGUUUUAUGAGUGUGGGAAGGACUGUUAGGAGGACAAAGGCCAUUAUGGCAAUCGGUGUAGAUGAAGAGCCUGACAAGGAUACCCUGAAGAAGAUUGGAGAAGUGCCUGCAGUUGAAGAGUUUGUGUUCCUUGAUCUUUGAAGUUUUGGUCGAUUUGGUUUGUUUAAAAGUCUGAGGGAUGUCACAAACUUGAAUAUGUUGCAGUAAUUUAGAAUAAAAGACAUAGGCAACAGAGGCUAAAACAAAACAGCUAUGGUGCCAAAUUGUCUCCAGUGUUGAUGGAUAUUAGAUAAAUUUUGGUUGGAUUUUUGAGUGAUGUUGUUGUACCAGAAAAAUGGGUUUGCUACUAUAUAACUAAUAUAUAAUUGAUGUGUUAUGGCAAUAUGAGUGGUGGGGUUGUCAAAGUUAGAAAUAGUGUUGGUAGUUGGUGCGUGUGUAUUGUGUAUUGUGUAUUGUAUAUUGUUGCGCUUGGGCGUGGCGAAAAUACACUCUUGAAUGUAAUUCUUACUGAUGAAUAAUAGAUUCAAUUUGGAUCUGUUGCUAUGCAAUGCAA